AUGACAGACGGCACCGCAGUUCGCACUCCGAGUAUGGCUGUUCCAGCCUCUUUGCGGCUUCUGGGCCGGGCAGGAGGUUUGGAGAACUCCGACAUUUGCGGCUACUAUGUGCACAGCGGCUGGAAUGAGGGCCAUGCCACCUAUCUCCAAGUUGGGUCUCACACUGCCUUGAUGUUCAGACGGGGUUGCUGGGUCAUCGAUCGGCAGGGUGUCCAGGACUCUGAGAUGGCGGUUGCCUGGGCCAAAGACAAUGGUGCACUGGCCCCGACUGCUUCAACCUUUGGUCCUUGGUUCAUUUGGAGCGAAAGCGCUCAAGACUUCCUGGCUGAUGCCAAUCUGAUAGCCAUCGAUGCGCCGGAUGUGACGUUCAUUAGUCGAAGGUCAGACAUCAGUGGUGAGUAUCAUUUCGCAGGUCUCAGUGACGGGUCUCCUUACUAUGCUAAUGGAGAUAUGUUAAUCCGCUACCACUCAGAGGGUCGCAAAUGGUUGGUGGCUGGCACUGAACACAAGGGCAAUAAUUGCAUUGCCUUUGCUGAAGCUCAAGACACACCUCAUCCGGGCUUCGCAUUUUUGAAAUGGCACGUUUGGAAUGGGGCAACCGGACAGUGGAAUGCAGAUGCAAAUUGUCAUUGCUUGGCUGCACCAAGCGUGAUCCAUGUGCUUGGUAGACAUGCUCAGGCGUGCAAUGCACGGAUUUGUGGCAGCUACCAUUUGGCUGGUCUCAGAGAAGGGCGCCCGUUAUAUUUACUUCCUGGCAAAAAAGCAGUGAUUCGCUACGCCUCGGAAACCGACAGGUGGCUUAUUGACUUUGAGGCUUUAGCCGAGUUGGUGUCGGAGCCUCCGUCGUGGGUCUCGGACUCUGGGCGCUUCCUCGAGGCCUCCGAGCAGCGACGCCUGGAAGAGCUCUGCGAGGCACUUGCCAACACCAACGUCGAGGCUUCGGUGGUGGUAUUAGCGGGCUUGCACCCAGAGGUCUCCUCAGUCAGCGGCUUCGCUGCAGCAUUGAUGAAUUUCUGGGGUGUUGGCCAUCCACGACUCCACACGGGACUGCUGGUGAUGCUUUUGGUCCAGCAACGGUGCUUGGAGAUGCGUGUGGGCUAUGGCCUCGCUCGAUUGUUGCCAACGGAGAAGUUGCAACAGAUCCAACAAGAGAGGGCAGCCGAGCGCCCCGAGCGCCAUUUGCAGGGCUUCUAUGAGCAAGACGACACCGCAGAAAGAAUGCAGUGCCCUAAUUACUUGCCUGUGGGCGUUGUCCGAUCGGAGAGUGACAAGCAGCCUCGUGAAUGCACCCGGUGCAGCGUCUUACCAUGGGCCAGACAAGCUUCUCAUGAAGAGAUUUGCCGCCUCGACGUGUCGAACUGCUCUGUGUUGAAGCCGGGCGAGCGAUGCUGGAUUCGGUGCCGUGAGCCAUACUUCGAGGGUGAACCUGUGCAUGUGAUGUGCAACAAUUCGGAAGAGUCUGGUGGAGGCCUUGCCUGGGAUCGCAAAACUCCGAAGUGCAAGAUGAAAUGCCCGAAUCUUUUUGGCGUCCGCUCUUCGAUGGCUUUGUUUUUGGCGUCUGUUCUUGUAUGUUGA